AUGGGCGCCCGCUCCUCACGCGCAUUGUCCACUGCCGCAGCCAAGCGCGUGGUGGUCGUGGACGGUGUACGCCUGCCCUUCGCCAAGUCCGGCACCGUCUACAAGGACGUGAUCGCCUACGACAUGAUGCGCGACGCGUUCAAGGGCCUGAUCAACAAGACAGCCCUCGACCCCAAGAGCAUCGACUACGUGCUGGCCGGCACUGUGAUCCAGGAGGUCGGCACGUCCAACAUUGCGCGCGAGGCGGCGCUGGGCGCCGGCAUCCCCAAGCACGUGCCGGCGCACACCGUCACGCAGGCCUGCAUCAGCUCCAGCCAGGCCAUCUGCACUGGCGCGGAGAAGAUCCUGUCGGGCCACGCCGAGAUCGUGCUGGCUGGCGGCGUCGAGACGUUCUCGGACGUGCCCAUCCGCUUCUCAAAGCCCAUCCGAGAGAGGCUUAUCAACGCUCCCAAGGCCAUGAAGAAGGGCCCGAUGGGCGUGCUGAAGCUGCUGCAGGGGCUGAAACUCGGGGACUUUGCCCCAGUUGCCCCUGCAAUCCAGAACUUCCACACGAGGGAGAUCAUGGGCUCGUCCAGCGACCGACUGGCGACUAGAUUUGGCGUCACGAGACAGGAGAUGGACCAGUACACCAUCGACGCCCACCAGAAGGCCUACAGAGCCCAUGUGGAGGGCAAGUACAAGGGUGAGAUCCUGUCGUACAAGGGAAGCACGGAGGAGAACGGAGUGAACCCGAACUCGACGCUGGAGAAGAUCUCGACGCUUAAACCCGCCUUCAUCAAGCCGCACGGCACCCACACGGCAGCCAACUCGUCCUUCUUGACGGACGGCGCUGCUGCGACGCUGAUCAUGUCGGAGGAGAAGGCGCUGGAGCUUGGAUACAAGCCGAAGUCGGUGCUCAAGGACUGGCUGUUUGUUGGCGUGGACCCGUUCGAGACCUUGCUGCUCGGACCUGCCUACGGCAUUCAGCAAAUCCUGGCCAAGAACAAGUUGAAGUUGAGCGACAUCGACUACUUCGAGAUCCACGAGGCCUUCGCUGGUCAGGUGCUGGCCAACCUGAACGCGCUGGCAGAGCCCAAGUACUGCAAGGAGCUGUUCGGCAUUGACCAGGCCGUCGGGCGCGUGCCAUCGGAGAAGCUGAACACGUGGGGCGGCUCGUUGGCGCUCGGACACCCGUUCGGUGCCACCGGCAGCAGAUUAGUGAACACGGCGUCCAACAAGCUGCAGAAGGAAGGCGGCAAGUACGCGCUGCUGGCGGCCUGCGCAGACAGCGGACUUGCGUACGUCGGCUUGAUCGAAAACUACAAGAACUGAGUAGACUCAUGGCGCAGAAUUGAAUGCCCGGAGCUUGUCAGCACCUUCAGCUCACAGCGAAAAAUGAAUAUACCCAUCGGUCU